AUGGCAGUCACCACCGCAUCACCAACAUCGCCACCACCAUCAAUGGCCCAAGAUCUACUCAAUUCCCUUCCCAAAACCCUAAAACUCAAAACGAAACAACAAGAGCUUCUCCUCCGCGUCACAACGCUAGGUUUAAUCUACAUCCUCGCAUUCAUCACUCGUCUCUUCAGUGUUCUCCGUUACGAAUCCAUGAUCCAUGAAUUCGAUCCGUAUUUCAACUACCGUACAACUGUUUAUUUAACAGAGCACGGUUUCUCCGAGUUUUGGAACUGGUUUGACUCAGAUUCGUGGUAUCCGCUCGGUCGUAUCAUCGGCGGUACGCUUUAUCCCGGUCUUAUGCUCACCGCCGCCGCGCUUUAUAAAAUCCUCCAUUUCCUCAGAUUUGCUGUACACAUCCGUGAAGUCUGUGUUCUAACGGCGCCUUUCUUUGCUUCGAAUACAGCGAUUGUUGCUUACUUCUUUGGGAAAGAGGUGUGGGAUUCCGGUGCUGGAAUUGUUGCUGCGGCUUUGAUUGCAAUUUGUCCUGGGUACAUUUCGAGAUCUGUCGCUGGAUCUUAUGAUAAUGAAGGAGUUGCGAUUUUCGCUUUGUUGUUGACAUUUUAUUUGUUUGUGAAAGCUGUUAAUACUGGAUCGUUAUCGUGGUCUUUGGCAUCUGCGUUUGGUUAUUUCUAUAUGGUUUCGGCUUGGGGUGGUUAUGUGUUUAUUAUCAAUUUGGUUCCACUCUAUGUGUUGGUCUUGUUGGUAACUGGGAGAUACUCUUUGAGACUUUAUGUUGCUUAUAAUUGCAUGUAUAUUUUGGGAAUGUUGCUUGCUAUGCAGAUUAGGUUUGUUGGGUUUCAGCAUGUUCAAUCUGGAGAACAUAUGGCUUCUAUGGGUGUCUUUUUCUUGCUCCAGGUAUUUUUCUUUUUGGAUUGGGUAAAGCAUUUGCUUGGAGAUGUAAAAUUGUUUCAAGCAUUUUUGAGGAUUACUGUAACUGGUGCAGUUAGUGUUGGUGCCAUUGCCUUAGGACUCGGCACUGCAUCUGGUUACAUAUCACCAUGGACCGGAAGGUUUUAUUCCUUGCUUGAUCCAACAUAUGCUAAGGAUCACAUUCCAAUUAUUGCUUCUGUCUCUGAACAUCAGCCUACUGCCUGGUCAUCCUUCAUGUUUGAUUUCCAUAUAUUGUUGUUCCUUUUCCCUGCUGGGCUCUAUUUUUGCUUCAAGCGCUUGUCAGAUGCCACAAUCUUCAUAGUUAUGUAUGGUCUUACAAGCAUGUACUUUGCUGGUGUUAUGGUUCGAUUAAUUCUUGUUGCUACACCUGCUGUAUGCCUCAUUAGUGCUAUUGCAGUUUCUGCCACUGUGAAGAAUUUGACUCGGGUUGUGCGAGCAAAAAGCCAAACCUUACAAAGUGGUUCUGGUAAAGGAACUAGUGCUUCAAAAGGUUCUUCUAAGGGUGUAAUUGAUAACUCACAGCCUUUCCAAAAGAAUGGUGCUAUUGUGUUGCUUCUCGGUGCUUUUUAUCUUCUCAGUAGAUAUGCUAUUCACUGUACCUGGGUUACAUCUGAGGCAUACUCAUCUCCCUCAAUUGUCUUGGCUGCAAGAGGUGCCCACGGCCAGAGGGUUAUAUUUGACGAUUAUCGUGAGGCUUACUUUUGGCUUCGCCAGAACACUGCACCAGAUGCCAAGGUGAUGUCUUGGUGGGAUUAUGGUUAUCAAAUCACGGCCAUGGGAAACAGAACAGUUAUUGUUGACAAUAACACCUGGAACAAUACACACAUAGCAACUGUUGGGCGUGCAAUGUCAUCUUAUGAGGAUGAGGCGUAUGACAUAAUGAGAUCGCUUGAUGUUGACUAUGUAUUAGUCGUGUUUGGUGGUGUUACUGGUUACUCCUCUGAUGAUAUUAAUAAAUUUCUAUGGAUGGUGAGAAUUGGCGGUGGAGUUUUUCCUGUAAUAAAGGAACCUGAUUACCUUGUCAAUGGAGAGUAUCGUGUAGAUAAAGGAGCAGCUCCAAAGAUGUUGAACUGUCUUAUGUACAAGCUGUGUUACUAUCGGUUUGGGGAGAUGACAACAGAAUAUGGCAAACCACCUGGGUAUGAUCGUGCUAGAGGAGUUGAAAUUGGAAACAAGGACGUGAAGCUGGAGUAUUUGGAGGAGGCGUUUACUACUCAGAAUUGGAUAGUUCGUAUUUAUAAAGUGAAACCACCUAAAAACAGGUCCUAA